UUUCUUAUAGGGCCCAUAACGGGUUUUUGUGACCCGGCCCAUUUAGUGUGGGUCACAAACGGAGUUAUCGUACAAUUUACAGAUUUACCUGUUUUGUCGUCACUUUACCGAGAAAGCAAGAGAAGAAGAAGAAGGAAUCGAAAAUGAAGACUCCGAUCCACGCGGUUUCGACAUGGGUGAGAAGGCAGCCGCCAAAGGUGAAAGCUUUCCUCGCCGUCGUAUCUGGCAUGGCGGCGCUUGUUCUCCUCAGAUUCAUCGUUCACGAUCACGACAAUCUCUUCGUUGCCGCCGAAGCUGUUCAUUCUAUUGGAAUCUCUGUUCUUAUCUAUAAACUCAUGAAGGAGAAGACUUGUGCUGGAUUGUCGUUGAAAUCUCAGGAGCUUACGGCAAUAUUUCUAGCUGUGAGGCUUUAUUGCAGUUUUGUAAUGGAAUAUGAUAUACAUACCAUUCUGGACUUGGCUACUUUGGGAACAACUCUCUGGGUUAUAUAUAUGAUCCGUUUUAAGCUCAAAGCUACUUACAUGGAGGAAAAAGACAACUUUGCUCUCUAUUAUGUGCUUGUGCCCUGUGUCGUGCUAGCUGUAUUGAUUCAUCCAUCAACGUCACACAAUAUAUUGAAUAGAAUAUCCUGGGGAUUCUGUGUUUACCUCGAAGCUGUUUCUGUACUGCCACAGUUGAGAGUGAUGCAGAACACAAAGAUUGUCGAACCCUUCACGGCUCAUUAUGUUUUUGCACUUGGAGUAGCAAGAUUUUUUAGCUGUGCACACUGGGUUUUACAGAUUAUGGACACCCGGGGACGCCUGCUUGUAGUGCUGGGUUAUGGACUAUGGCCAUCAAUGGUUAUAAUCUCAGAAAUCGUCCAAACAUUCAUAUUGGCAGAUUUCUGUUACUACUACGUUAAAAGUGUUUUCGGUGGCCAGCUUGUUCUACGGCUUCCAUCUGGGGUUGUGUAAGUUAUAAAGGAAAAAAAGAUAAGACACUUUAUGACAUUUGUAACACGAAGAUAGGUCUCAAGCUUUGUUUAAUCUGAGUAGCCUCAGGUUGCUCUCAAGUUACUCUCUCAGGCCAAAUCCUAAUUCUUUCAACUGUGUUGUAUAUUUUUGUGGGUCAUCAAUCAUCAUAGAGUCCCUUGGAUAUUAUUAUUGCCAAUGAUUUUUUCA